AUGGCUGAGGUAGCACAGUCGGUGUUAGUGACACAUAGGAUGUCUGAUGAUGAGUUCGAAGAAAAGAAAGUGAAACAGCAAGGAAAAACGAAAACAAUACUGAAGAAGGACAAGUAUGGAGCUUUGGUGCUAGUCAUCGAUUGUGGGCGUUCAAUGCAAGAAAUGUGCGAUGGAAGAAGCCAUUUUUCUAUGGCAAAAGAAGCCGCUGAUUGGAUCCUUUCGAGAAAGAUUUUCACCCAAGCCAAGAAUCGAUGCUCAAUUAUUCUAUUCGGUUGUGAAGAAACAAAAAACCAUCUCGAUAUCAACGGAGUGUUCCAGCAGGAUGAGGUCCUGUCAAAAAUAAGUUUCGAUCAUCUUCGUUUUCUCAACCAUGAAGUGAAUUAUAACCUAAAAAACGUCGGAAAUGCUGUCGAUGCUCUAGUCGUUGCGACAGAUUUCUUACAUAACCAGACUGACGGCGAUGCCGCAGUGGAAACGAAAAGUAUCUUGGUCUUCACCAAUGGCUUGGCGGACUGUGGUGAUCGAGAUUCUGAAGUAUCCGCAGUGGUAAAUGGAAUUAACGCUCUGGAAGCCACGCUUGUAGCUGUUGGUAUCAGUGAAGACUCCAUCGAGUCGCGGUCAAGUCAAAAACAAAUUAUGGACAUUAUCAAGAAGACGGAUGGCUCAAGCUAUAGCUUCGAGUUGGUCGCUUAA